CUGUAAAAGAAGCAUUGCAUCGCCCCAAGAUGUCUAUGAAGUGGACUCCAGUUCUUCUGCUGAUACAACUGAUGUGUCACUUUAACUCUGGAAUCUGCGGGAAAGUGCUGGUGUGGCCCACAGAAUACAGCCAUUGGAUCAAUAUAAAGACAAUCCUGGAUGAACUUCUCCAGAGAGGUCAUGAGGUGACUGUUUUGACAUCAUCAGCUUCCAUCCUUAUUAAUCCCAACACAACAUCUGCUAUUAAUUUUGAAGUUUACCCUUCAUCUAUGAAUAAACAACAGUUGGAACGACGUUUCUUAGGAUGGAUCCAGGAGUGGAUUCAAGUGAGUCCAAAAGAUACAUUUUGGAAAUUUCAUUCAGUAGUGCAAAAAGUGUUUAGGGGAUAUUCUGAUACAAUUGAACAUUUCUGCAAAGAAGUAGUUUUCAACAAGAAAGUUAUGAUGAAACUACGUGAAUCAAAAUUUGAUGUCAUUCUUGCAGAUGCAAUUGGUCCCUGUGGUGAACUGCUGGCUGAGCUACUUAAAGUGCCAUUCGUAUACACUCUCCGCUUCAGUCUUGGCUACACAUAUGAAAAAUACAGUGGUGGACUUAUAGUCCCUCCUUCCUAUGUGCCUAUUGUUAUGUCAGAACAUACUGAUCAAAUGACAUUCAUGGAGAGGGUUAAAAACAUAAUGUAUAUGCUUUAUUUUGAUUUUUGGUUCGAAACAUUUAAUGUGAAGAAAUGGAAUCAGUUUUACAGUGAAGUUCUAGGGCGACCCACUACAAUAUAUGAGACAAUGGGGAAAGCUGAUUUUUGGCUCAUUCGAACUUAUUGGGAUGUAGAAUUCCCUCGUCCAUUCUUACCAAAUUUUGACUUUGUUGGGGGACUCCACUGUACACCUGCCAAACCCCUCCCUAAGGAAAUGGAAGACUUUGUACAGAGUUCUGGAGAAAAUGGUAUUGUGGUGUUUUCUCUGGGAUCGAUGGUCAGUAACAUACCAGAAGAGAAAGCCAAUGAGAUUGCAUUUGCCCUUGCACAGAUUCCACAAAAAGUCAUAUGGAGAUUUCAAGGCAAGAAGCCAGAUAAAUUAGGACCCAACACUCGGCUAUACGAAUGGAUCCCCCAGAAUGACCUUCUUGGUCAUCCAAAAACAAAAGUUUUUAUAACUCAUGGUGGAACCAACGGUAUCUAUGAGGCAAUCUACCAUGGGAUCCCAAUGGUGGGCAUUCCUUUGUUUGCGGAUCAACCUGAUAAUAUUGCUCAUAUGGAGGCCAAGGGAGCAGCUAUUAGAUUGGACCUCAGUACACUGUCAAGUGAAGAUCUUCUCAAGGCCUUGAGGAUGGUCUUUAAUGACCCUUCAUAUAAAGAGAAUGCUAUGAGAUUAUCACGAAUUCACCAUGAUCGGCCAGUGAAGCCUCUGGACCGAGCUGUCUUCUGGAUAGAGUUUGUCAUGCGCCACAAAGGAGCUAAACACCUCCGGGUUGCUGCCCAUGACCUCUCCUGGUUCCAGUACUACUCUCUAGAUGUGAUUGGGUUCCUGCUGGCCUGUGUAGCAACUGUGAUAUUCAUCAUCACUAAAUGUUGUCUGUUAUGUUGCCAGAAGUUUGCUAAAACAGGAAAGAAGAAAAAAAGGGAGUAAUUGUAUCUAGGCCUGAAGGUGGAAGUCCUGAUAGAAGGCUCCUCCAGUUAACUCUCACAAGAGGAGAUUGUCUUGCCAGGCUACUUAUUGUAACAACUUUUCACAAAUCACUUUGUCAAGUCAAAUUUUGUCUUCAUGAAAUUCACUCUCUGUGUAAAAGGUAGAAAUAUUUCAGUUCAAGGAAACACUAUUGGAGAAAAUAAAAUUAAACCACAUGUA